CCCCACACUCUUCACCCCGGAUUUACCUAGGUGCUUCGGCACGACUCCUCGAUGACUAGCUCCAAGCGUGUCACUAAGUUCCCUUUUAUUCCCAACCUCUUGGCCUUUUGUUGCAUUCUUUUGGAUUGUACAUCACCAUACGCUUCUUCUGUCCAUUGUCACACAUUCUAGAAACAAGAUCAAGCACCACCAGCACAAAGUCCUCGCCAAGACCAGUGUAAGACAACAGACAACAGACAAGAUGGCACCCUCCGGCCCCAUCACAACACCCAUAACCCAGCUCCUGGGCAUCCAGCACCCGAUCCUCCUCGCCGGCAUGGCCCGCACCUCGGGCGGUCCCUUGGCGGCAGCCGUCUCCAACGCCGGGGGGCUAGGCGUCAUCGGCGGGUUCCAGUACACCCCCGACCAGCUCCGCGAGAUCAUUGCGGAAAUGAAGGCGAAUUUCAAGUCCCCGGAUCUCCCCUUUGGCGUCGACCUCGCGCUGCCGCAGGUCGGCGGGAACGCGCGCAAGACGAACCACGAUUACACGGGCGGCAAGCUCGACGAGCUCAUCGACAUUACCAUCGCCUCUGGCGCGAGGCUGUUUGUUAGCGCGGUGGGGGUGCCACCGAAGGAGGUGAUUGAGAGGUUGCACAAGGCGGGGAUCUAUGUUAUGAAUAUGGUCGGGCAUCCCAAGCAUGCUGUGAAGGCGCUGGAUCUGGGUGUGGAUAUUAUUUGUGCGCAGGGCGGGGAGGGGGGCGGACACACGGGGGACGUGGCGAAUUCGGUGCUUAUCCCGGCGGUGGUGGACGUCGCGAGGCGGUACAAGCCUCCGAUGUUGAAGGGGUCUACUGCGUUGGUGAUCGCCGCGGGCGGGAUGUAUAACGGCCGGAGCCUCGCGAGUUCGCUGAUGCAGGGGGCUGUCGGCGUGUGGGUUGGCACGCGGUUCGUGGCGAGUGUCGAGGCUGGGUGUAGCCAGGAGCACAAAGAAGAGGUGGUGUCGUGCGGGUUUGAGGGGACGGAGAGGACGUUGGUGAUUAGCGGGCGGCCGUUGCGGAUGAAGACGAAUGAGUACAUUAGGGGGUGGCAUGCGCGGCCGGAGGAGAUUAAGAGGUUGACGGAAGGCGGAACGGUGCCGAUUGAGCAUGAUUUCGAGCAGGGAAGGGAGGAUAUUGAGAUUCCGCAUCUGAUGGGGCAGGUUGCGGGCGCGAUUGAGAGGAUUCAGCCGGCGGGGGAGAUUGUGGAGGAGAUGGUCAAGGAGGCGGCUGAGCAGUUGCGGCUGGGGGAGGUUUAUCUGGGGGGACGGAGUAAGCUUUGAAGCUUUGUAGGAUGAUGUACGAAUUGUUAAAUAAGGAGGUUGGCUACAUGUAAAUGGGUAUUAUGAUGU